GGGAGAAGGGAACCGAAACCAAGCAACCCAAUCCAAACCAGACAAGCAAGGAAUCCCCCGAUGGCUCAUCGCGUUCUCCUCCUCCUCUCUCUCGCGUCGGCCGCCGCGGUUGCCGCCGCCGUCGACGCGGAGGACCCGCUGAUCCGGCAGGUGGUUCCCGGUGGAGAUGACAACGAUCUGGAGCUGAACGCGGAGUCCCACUUCCUGAGCUUCGUGCAGCGGUUCGGCAAGUCCUACAAGGACGCCGACGAGCACGCGUACCGGCUGUCCGUUUUCAAGGCCAACCUGCGCCGCGCGCGCCGGCACCAGCUGCUGGACCCGUCGGCGGAGCACGGCGUCACUAAGUUCUCCGACCUCACGCCGGCAGAGUUCCGCCGGACCUACCUCGGCCUCCGCAAGUCCCGGCGCGCUCUCCUCAGAGAACUCGGGGAGUCGGCGCACGAGGCGCCCGUGCUCCCCACCGAUGGUCUCCCCGACGAUUUCGACUGGAGGGACCACGGCGCCGUCGGCCCCGUCAAGAACCAGGGUUCGUGCGGGUCGUGCUGGUCGUUCAGCGCGUCUGGAGCGCUGGAGGGUGCGCACUACCUCGCAACUGGCAAGCUGGAGGUGCUUUCGGAGCAGCAGUUCGUCGACUGUGACCACGAGUGUGAUUCAUCGGAGCCUGAUUCAUGUGAUUCGGGUUGCAAUGGUGGGCUAAUGACGACGGCAUUCAGUUAUCUCCAGAAGGCCGGUGGCCUUGAGAGUGAGAAGGAUUACCCUUACACUGGGAGUGAUGGCAAAUGCAAGUUUGACAAGUCCAAGAUUGUUGCUUCAGUUCAGAACUUCAGUGUUGUGUCUGUGGACGAGGCUCAAAUUUCUGCUAACCUCAUCAAACAUGGGCCAUUGGCAAUCGGCAUCAAUGCUGCCUACAUGCAGACAUACAUCGGAGGCGUGUCAUGCCCAUACAUCUGUGGCAGGCACCUUGACCAUGGUGUUCUCCUUGUUGGAUAUGGUGCUUCUGGUUUCGCCCCCAUUCGCCUGAAGGACAAGCCUUACUGGAUCAUCAAGAACUCGUGGGGCGAGAACUGGGGGGAGAACGGAUACUACAAGAUAUGCAGGGGUUCCAACGUUCGCAACAAGUGCGGCGUCGAUUCCAUGGUCUCUACCGUGUCCGCAGUCCACGCCUCGAAGGAGUAGACUCUGGUCAGCGGUGAUAAUCGUGAUUCCAUAUAUUGUAGAACUAUAAUCCCUGCUAGUAAUCCAUUUGUGCUGUUUAUGUAUCGAAGGCAGCAAAGAUGUGUGAAGCGGCAAUGGGAUGCUUGCUGUAAGGUAAUAUGUUUGGCUUGCUAGGCAUGCUACACGCUAUUUGGAUGUAGCAACGUUAUCACCAGCUGUAUACGCUUUUUAAUCGACAACAUUUGAAUAAUAUGUA